AUUCCAAGAUUCCAAUAUAUUAUAUAUGAGUGAGUGUGUGUGUGUGUGCGAUCAUUUGCAAGUAUAUAUUUGCUUUGCUUCACCCGCUCAGGCUGUAUCAAAUCGAAAUUGAAUCGAGUGCAACACAAACACAAAUAAUAUAAGCCAUUAAAAUGGAUGACAACAUAUGAAUCGAGAAUAACACACAGAAUCGUUGAAAACCAAGAAAAAAAAAGAAUUCCGAAUCAGGAGUAUUAAAAAACGAAUAAUAAAGAGCCAGUAUGAGCAGCAGCGUCCAAGAAUCUAGCAACAAAAAAAAAAAAAUAACCGAAAGCUCAAAGUAAAGAAAAAUUUCCAGCAAUCAUGCGUAUGAGUUUAGAUCAACAACGACAGAAUUGGACAAAUUCAAUGUUAUUAAUGAUGAAUAGCGAGAUGAAUGAUGAGAAAAGAGAAUGUGAUGGGGAAAAAUUUAGUGGCAACCCGAAUCAAUAGAAUCGAGGUUGUUUGUAUUUGUUGACCUAUCAUUCUCACAGUACCGUUGUUGUUGUUUUUGUCGUUGUUAUUAUUAUUCGAUUAUUGAUGAUGUUAAAAACAACCACCAUGAAACAUUCUAUAUUGUGUUAUUAAAGGAUAGAAAAUUGUUUUAUGUUUUGAGAAAUUUCAAAGUUUUUCAGCUCACUGUUUUUUUGUUUUGUUUUGUUUUGGUUCUGUGGCUAGCUAGCUUCAUAUUCACAUAUUAUGUAUGGUUCAGAUAAUUGAUUUCUAUUGAUUAUUAUCAGUUACUUGAUUGAUUUACUAUGGCCGAUUAUGAUAUUGGAUCGUAUUCGAUACAGACAAUUAACAACAAUAAUAAUCUAACAUCAUCAUCAUCAUCAUCGAAUUCUUAUCAAUAUCCGGUCAUAUUGAAUAAUGCCGGUAUAGCUAUAUCACCAUCGAUUAAUGAUCGUAAUAAUAAUCAUCAUUACAUUGUACCACCACCACCACAUCAAACACAUCAACAACAUCAACAACAACCACAACCACAAAUACCAUUAUCAUCAGGAUCAUCACAUCAUCUUCAUAACAAUCAUAAUCAUCAUUUAAAUAAUCCAAACAUUAAUCAUUAUCAUGGUGUGGACAUUGAUACGGCUACCAUUGUUUCGAUUGCAUCUUCUUGUAUUAUACUGAUUUCAGGAUGUAUAGCUGUCGUUUGUUUGAUAAUGUAUAUGAAAAAAACCGAUAUGUUAUAUCGGUCAAGAACCUGUGCUAAAUGUGGUGCUCAUGUUGCCAAUUCGGCAACAGUAUCAUCAGCGCCUGGAAAUGUAAUGACAACAAAUAACAAUGUACAUGAAACGGAUGGUGGUCUACCAUCAGGUACACCAAUUUCAAUAAGAAGUGAAAAUGCUGUACGAUCAGUGGAAAGAGCCGAACAUGUAGCUAAGGUUAUAAAUUAUCAAAUGACAGCAAAAUCUCAACCAAAUUUAGCCAAAGAAAUUGAUUCGAUCGUUAUCUAUCGACAAGGAAUGACAAAUAAUAAUAAUAAUAAUAGCCAACAACAGCAAGCGAUACAACAAACAUCCAAACAGCAACCACUUACAACGACGGCCACAACAACAAAUGACCAAAUAUUCAACAAUCAAUCAACGGCACAAAAUCCGGCCACGUGUUUAGAUUUUUUGGCAGAUGCAUUUAAAAAUGAAACAAAAACCAGUUUCAUCGAUGAUGAUGAAGCGGCACCAUAUGCUACAUUCAAUUUACCCGGAUUUGAAAGUGAUUCAAAGAUUAGUGAUACUUAUGAAACAUUUGCAGCAAAAUUUUCCGAGCCACCAUAUAUGUUGCUGAAAAAAGGUAUCGAAUGUCCUCCACAAUAUGCCGAUUCUAUUGAUUGUAAAUUAAGAAUGUUGGAAAAUGUCGAUAAAAAUUCGGAUCCAAUUUAUCAAUCAUCAAAUGUAUUAAGUCAUUAUCAUUCGAUUGCAUCAUGUGGUUCAUCAAACCAGGACGAGCUUAUUCGUGCAUACGAAUAUGGUAAAGAACAGAAACAGAAAUUAUUAAUAUUACAAGAUGAAGUUAUCAAACAAUUGGCACAAGAAAGUGAUUUAUUAGUGGCCAAAGAAUCAUCAAUUUAUGGCCGAUCAAUACCGAUUAGUGAUCAUGAAUCGCCUACUGAUCCUGGUAUUAGAGAAUUUACGAAAUCACCGCCAAAACCGAAUGAAAAACGACAAGGUAUCGUAUUUCAUCAUCAACCAACCGUAGUGGAUAUAUUGAAAAUGUCACACCAUCUUAUUGACUCGAAAGAAUUCAGUGCCAAAACAUCUUUAACGCAUCAACAACCCGAAGUUGAAUCAUCAUCGAAUGAAACAAGUAAAAGUCUGUCAUCAUUGAAAGCUUCAAGUGGUGCAGGUGAUGAUGAUGAUGACGAUGAUGAUGAUGAUUCAACACCAUCCGGUGGUAGUGAUGAAUUGGGCAAUGAUGAAGCAUCAUCAUCAACAACGCCUACACCGGAAAAUCUAUCCGAUCAACAACAACAACAACAACAAUUUGUUUCGUUAAAUAAAUGCUCACCUAAAAAAAUUACAACACAAACAUCAGUAACAACAAACGAUAACGAUUCGUCGACCACCACUCGUAUGAUUGACAUUAAAAAUGAUCGAAUAAUAAAGAUAACAUCGGAAAUUGAUUGUUAAAAACUAAUGACGCGCACAACUACAACUUUUUUCUGUUUUACUGUUACAGGACAGAAAAAAAAUGUGAUAUAGUUUGUCAUAGAAAACAAAGACGACGAACUUUUAUAUAAAUAUUUUAAUGAUGGUAA